AUGGCCGAAGAUUUUGACGUCGAAGCGAUGCUGGAAGCGCCGGUCGACUUCGGCAAGAAGGAUUCGGGACUGGGCUCUCUGAACGGAGGAGACACGUCUCCCUCUACCACACACCAGGAGAAGAAUGGCACCAAGGAGUACAGCAGUGAGCGCGACAAGGAGAGAAAGAGGCACAAGAGGCGAAGUCGCAGCCGCAGUCGCGAUCGAAAGAAGCGCAGCAAGCGCAGUCGAAGCAGGGAAAAGCGUCGUCGAGGCGAAAGAGGCGAAAAAGGAGGAAAUCGAAGUUCAAGUCGGUCGCCUCGAAGUCGAAGUCGCAGCCACAGCCGUAGCCAGAGUCCUCUUCCUGCUGCAGCUGCCGCUCGAAACCGAAGCCGAAGUCGAAGUCGAAGUCGUGAUCGCGCAGUUGAGUCGCGCAGCGGUCGCCGGAGUCGGCGGUCGAACAGCCGCGACCGUCGUGACGAUCGGGGUCGAAGGCAGCAGCGAAGUUUGAGUCGCGACCGCUACGAUCGGCGAGACCUCUAUGGAGGCGGAAGGAGAGGAGGAGGAGGAGGAGGCGGUGGCGGCUACUACGACCGCCGAUCGCCCACACCACGCGAAGACCUGCCCAUUGAGGAGCGCGAUCAACGGACGGUCUUUUGCAUGCAGCUAGCGGCCCGCGUCCGCCAGCGCGACAUUGAGGAGUUCUUCAGCAAGGUGGGCCGCGUCCGCGAGGUGCGCCUCAUCAUGGACAACCGCACCCGCCGCCACAAGGGCAUCGCCUACGUCGAGUUCAAGGCCAUCGACUCGGUGGGCAAGGCGAUCGCCAUGACGGGGACGCGCCUCUGCGGCGUGCCCAUUGUCGUGCAGCACUCGCAGGCGGAGAAGAAUCGGCUGGCGGCGGCGAACGCCUCCACGAAGACGACCCCNCGAAAUGGCGGCGUCGGAGGAGGAGGAGCGGGAGCGGCGGGAGGCCCUAACGGACCGAUGAGCCUCUACGUCGGCUCGCUGCACUUCAACAUCACCGAGGAUAUGCUGCGCGGCAUCUUUGAGCCCUUUGGCCGCGUGGAGAAGAUUGAGCUGUCCCGGGACCCGGAGACCGGCCGCUCCAAGGGCUACGGCUUUGUGCACUUUAGCCUGGCGGAGGAUGCGAAGAAGGCGCUGGAACAGCUGAACGGCUUUGAGCUGGCCGGCCGGGCGAUGAAGGUCAACUACGUGACGGAGAAGGCCGGUGACUCGGGAUGGAACAAUGGCCUCCACGGACCGGGCGCCUUCGACUCGGACGAGAUCGACCGGGGCGGCAUUGAGCUGGGCGCCGCCGGGCGGCUGCAGCUGAUGGCGAAGCUGGCGGAGGGCACCGACAUUGAGCUGCCCAAGGCGGCGAUGAGCGCCCUUCAGAUGAGCUCCUCCUCGGGCGUGGCCGUCGCCUCCUCGAAUGGCGGCUCCUCGACGCUGAUUCCGCCCAUUGCCACGCAGUGCUUCCUCCUCACGAACAUGUUUGACCGGCACCAUGAGGCGUCGGCCAGCUGGCCGGAGGACAUUCGCAAUGACGUCAUUGAGGAGUGUCGCAACCACGGCGGCGUCCUCCACGUCUACGUCGACCAGACCUCCGACGAGGGCCACGUCUACGUCAAGUGCACCUCCAUUGCCUCGGCCACCGCCACCGUCAAUGCCCUCCACGGGCGGUGGUUUGCGGGUCGCCUCAUCACCGCCGCCUUUGUCCCGGUCAUCCACUACCACAACCUCUUUCCGGAGUCGGCGGUCAACACGACGCCGCUCAGCUCGGUGGACGCUGGCGGUGUCAGCAUCUAA